AUGAAUUUGAUCCAACGAUCAUUCAACGCAUCGCAACGCGAACAUCCAAACCUGCACUUUCCAUCGAACCUCCAAACCCCGAGUGGCCACAACAUUUCCAAGACAUUAAGUCUCAUAGAGAACGCCAUCGGUUCUGUAGCUGUCAGCAUAAGCCAUGUCGGCUCGACAUCGGUGCCAAACCUUCCCGCCAAGGACGUCAUCGACAUUGACCUCGCCGUUGAGAACCCGACGGAUGAGGCCGCCUACGCGCCCGCACUUGAGAAGGCCGGCUUCCAGUUCCUCUUGCGCGAGCCCGAGUGGCACGAACAUCGCUUCUUCGCCAUGCACAGGCCGUUUUCCUGUAACCUACACGUCUUCAAAGUCGGGACGGCCGAGUUGGCCAGACAUCUCAUCAUGAAGGAGUGGUUGAUUGAACAUGACGAUGACAGAGAUCUGUAUGCAAAGACCAAGACGGAGGCCGCAGGCAUGAGUAAUUCGCUGGGUGAGACUGUGAUGGAAUACAAUUUUAGGAAAGAGAACGUCAUCCGUGCUAUCCUUGAACGGGCAUUCAAAGCCAAAGGAUAUCUUCCGUAG